AUGUCUCUCGUCAACGUUCGCCGGGACAACAAGGAUCCUUUCUAUCGCUACAAGAUGGAGCGGAUCCUGACCAAGAUUGAGGGCAAGGGCAAUGGUAUCAAGACCGUUGUUGUCAACCUGAGCAGCGUUGCCCAGUCUCUGGCUCGCCCCGGCUCCUACCUGAUCAAGUAUUUCGGCUUCGAGCUGGGCGCCCAGACCAACAUUGAUCCCCCGGAUGACCGCUGGAUCAUCAACGGCGCCCACGAGGCCAGCAAGCUCCAGGAGCUGCUCGAUGGCUUCAUCACCAAGUUUGUCCUCUGCCGCGAGUGCAAGAACCCCGAGACGGUCGUCAACAUCAAGGACGGCCGCAUCUUGCUCGACUGCAAGGCCUGCGGCCAGCGCUCCUCGGUCGAGCCCCAGCUCAAGCUCACCGGCUUCAUCCUCAAGAACGCUUCCCCCAAUGGCGAGGACAAGUAUGGCGAUAUUGUCAGCGACGACGACGACCUUACGCGCAAGAUCAAGACCGAGGCUCAGGAUCUGAACAUCAAGGUGACUGCUGUCAAGGACGACGACUGGGCUGUCGACAUGAGUGCCGAGGCUGUCAGGGCUCGCCAGCAGCAGCUGCCCGGCGAUUUCAAGGCGAAGCUUGUUCUCAACGGCGACGACGAGGAAGAGGAGGGCGAGGGCGUUGGCAGCACCGUCUACGACGAGUUCGGAAACUGGAUCCAGGAGCAGGCUAAGGAGAAGGGCGGCGUUGACAGCGUCGAUGGCGUCGAGAUUUAUCUCAAGGCGAAGGAGCUCGGCAUCGAUGCCAAGCACCGCACUGUUGUCGUUCUCGUUCAGACCAUCUUUGACGAGAACAUCAUCUCGCAGAUUGCUAAGCGUGCUCCCAUUCUGAGACGGAUUGGUGACUCGGAGCGCCACCAGAAGGCUGUUCUCGGCGGCACCGAGCGCCUCAUUGGCCAACUCAGCGCCGACAAUGCCGACAUCUACGCGCAGGUUCCCAAGAUUUUGGAGCUCUACUACGAAUCUGAUAUCGUUUCCGAGCCCAUCAUCAUGAAGUGGGGUACCAAAGCUUCCCGCAAGUACGCCGAUCUGGCCACGUCCAAGAAGGUCCGCAAGGCUGCCGAGCCCUUCCUCAAGUGGCUGGCCGAGGCCGAGUCGGAGGACGACGACGACGAGGAAGAGGAAGAGUAGAUUGUUUCGUUGCGAAGCUAUUUCUUUUCCUGCGUCUUCUCGCUGGAGAUAGAGUCUGUCUUGCCGAAAAGCUGACAAGUUCACGGGACUUUGGGUUGCUUUCAACGACGAUUCCGCUUUUGGUACUGCUCAUUUUUGCGAUUAUCUCGUUCGUUUUGCUUCGGGGAAGGUGCGAAAAAUGCCGGGAGUCUCAUUGAAUUGCUUCCGGCUCGUAGAGACUGGCUGCUUUUCUUUCACCUCGCCAAACAGGAGCAUAUUG